UGCGCCGCCUAUCAGUGGUCGCAGCGUCCGCAUCGAUCCGUUCGAGAAUCCCGGGGAUGCGUCCUAGGCUGCCAAUCCUAAGCACGCUUUGGGAGAGGAUGUCUGCGACGAUGACAUCGGGCACAAGAAGGUGGCAGCGACUCUAGAGUCUACGGCGAAGCGUGAUCGUGGUAGCCGCGCAUCUGGGCAGCGUUCUCGAUUGACGACCUAGUCCAUGGUGGUGCAAGACACGGAUGCACGACGGAGAUCUACUCAGCGGAAGUCUAGCUGUCAGAACAUUCUAUCUGGUACUUCUUCUCUUGUUGACGAGCAUCAGGUCAAGCCAUACAACCUCAAGGGGCCCAAUGCGUUGGCUCCCUCUACACCGCGUCCGACGCUCGUAUCACCACCGCACUCGACAUAUGUUCAUUCCAGUGAUGUCGAAGAGGACUCGGGUGUACGCUUCGCUCGCAGUCCGACCAUGUCUCUGAUCCUGUCUUGUACUGCCGUCAUCACCGAUGAUAUGCCGAUUCCCUGCUGCGUUGCUGUCAACAGAGCCAGCUUCCCAGCAGCUGACCCGGCCACCCUAGCUGACCAGACGGAGG